AUGGCGGGGCGGCGGCGGCUGCUGCUGCUGCGCUGCCUCCUGCUGGGGCUGCUGGGCGGCGGCGACGGGCAGCGCGGCGGCGGAGAGUACUGCCACGGCUGGGUGGACGGGCAGGGCGGCUACCACGACGGCUUCCAGUGCCCGGAGCGCUUUGACACCGCGGCGGCCACCAUCUGCUGCGGCACCUGCGCGCUGCGUUACUGCUGCGCGGCCGCCGAGGCGAGGCUGGAGCAGGGCGGCUGCACCAACCACCGGGAGCCUCCGGAGCCGGCGGUCAGCGCCCAACCCAUCUAUGUCCCGUUCCUCAUCGUCGGGUCAAUAUUUAUCGCCUUCAUCAUCGUGGGCUCCCUGGUGGCUGUUUACUGCUGCACGUGCCUCAGGCCCAAGCAGCCGUCCCAGCCCAUCCGCUUCUCCCUCCGGAGCUACCAGACCGAGACUCUGCCCAUGAUCCUGCCCUCGUCCAGCUGCCGGGCCCCAUCCCGGCCGUCCAGCACGGCCACCAGCUCCAGCUCGGCCAGCGGCUCCCUGCGCCGCUUCUCCCUGGCCCGCGCAGAGCCGGGCUGCCUGCUGCCCUCACCACCGCCCCCGUACUCGGCCGGCUGCUUUCCCGCAUCCCACACCGCACACCUGGGGUCACCGCCGGGCUUCCUGCAGGCACCGCCUUACCUGGGCUACCCCGAGCCGGCCCUGGGUGGGAAGGGCUGCGCCGACCUCGCGCAGAGCUGAGCGGAGCAUCACGGCCUUCAGCAGCGCGAGGACUGACUGCGGUGCUUGAUGCUCUGCUGUGAUGGAUGUGAUCUGUGAGUGAGUUGCCAUUGAGAAGCGCACGGCCUCAGAACAGUCCUGAGUUCUUCCCCCAGCUUGGAUUACAGCUACGGAUGUUUUGUAAAGUAUUCCGAUCUUAGUUGCCUUAAUAACCAACUGCUCUGAUGGUUUGGUCUGAGUUGUGCAGAGCACAUUGAGAUACAACCAGAAAACCAUUCUGGGACAAAGUUACUCAGUUCAAGGUGCUGUAAGCGAUGUUUUAACCAUAAAUGAUAUUAACUUUGCUAACAAGCAGUGGCCGCGCUCCACGGCUCCAAUAACCAGCAUAGUUCUACCCAGCAGCAAUAAGAAGUAACAGAGAGGUAACAGUACUAAACCAGAGUUCUGCGCACCCUAACCCAGCUGCCUGCUUCCAUGGGCAAUAUGAGGAGGUACGUACUAAAGAUAUUGAAGGCUGUGGUUUCUAAACGUACUGAUAAUGUACCUGAACCCACAUUGCAUAUUUGUACUGUUGAACUUAACUAAUAGAGAUAAAAUAGCACAAAUUAGGCUAGCUGAAAUCAUAGCGGUCCCGAGCAGCCAAAUAAUCCUAUGCUAGAAGAACAGAAGGUGUUCGCUAAUAUUUCCACAUAACUGCUUGGCAUGGAAUCCCAGAGCUGGUGCUGCACUGAGGUGUUUUUUAGAGGGACAUAUUUAUUGGUGGCCUUUUGCUCGGUGCCGUGGGUACAUUGGACGAACUGAUCCUGAAGUUCUGUAUGUAAAAUUAGCCGUGUAUAAAUGUAAAGCUUGUAAUUUAAGAUGUAUUUACAGCAUUGACAGCACUAAUUAUUUCAUAGUCACACCGACAGCUUAUCAAUAAACGGUGGUGGAAAUCCGGUGUCAGCUGUGUCUGUGCACAUACAGUGCUCCACGAACGCAUCUUCACUUUGGCAGUGGAACUAUUGUGCAUAUUUUCCUGUCAAAAACAGUAUUUUGCAUUUGUAAAUGCUUUACAUCUUUAGCUGUGCACCUGUUGUGCAGCCUUAACGUGAUAUGAGUCUCUGCAGCUAAUAGACUAAUUAAUAUCCUAUAUACGCACCUCAUAAUGUAAUGUGGUUGAAAACGACACUGAUUAGUUGGGUACUUUAAUCUGAAACAGCCACAGGAAUACGUUUUGUUUGCCCCCUACAUUCCUUCAUCCAAGUAAAUCAACAAACCAAAUGGAAGAAGAAAAAAAGGCAUCUAAAUCAAACACACACCAAGCCGAGGGGAAAAGGCACGAGAAAAACGGGCAGUUAUUAAAGGGCCUCCUUUAUAGUUCAUUAUGUGACAAAUGUGUGGACUUCUAAGGAAAAGAAAAUGCGUGUUCCAUGGAGCGAUGCUUUAUGUAGUAGGAUUUGAUUUGACUGUUGGAACCCAGACCUAACAGCGUAUGUGCUCUACAGCAUAUAACAACAUGCAGCAGGAAUAAAUACUGACCUGUAUUGACUUCAGAGUGGUUUGGAAAUACGUAAUAUGUCUUUAGUUGGUAUAAACAUUCCUCUUGCAGUAAAUUCAAGCAAAAGAGCUCUCACGGGCAGAAGCAUCAGUGAGAUCCAUUUGGGCUGGGAAAGAUCAAUUUUAUUUUCUUUAAACAUUGAUUAGGCAUCAGAAGUGCUGAGAAAGGUGACAGCAGGCUGAAAUUUGGCUUUGCUCUCGAAGAUGUGCCAAGCGUGAGCAGUUGGGAGUUUGGCACAGUUAUCGCCUAUUAGCGUUUGUCAGUGUACAUGAGAGGCAGGCGCUCAAGUUGCAUCUACUCAUGUAUUAAUGCAGGGACUGAUUUUUGCUGUACUCAAUGACAGUCUUUCAGGUGUGAAGGUUUAUUCAGCCUAGGCAGAGGCUGUAAGGUUUGACAUGUUUGUGAAAUUCAGCCUCAUUGGGAAGAGCUGCCUGAGCUCAUUCCCUUUCUCCUCUGAUGCUGAGUUUGGCCUCAUAAAAUGAUGGAAAAAUGAUACAAAGGAACACCUCUAUUGAAUCAGGCCUUGGUGUGCUGAGCUCAAGGAGUUCUUGGGAAUGAUGACACCAGGUCUGGUAGGGAUGGCGUUGUGCAAACAGGCUGACCAAGAAUGGUGCGUUACUGUUAAAGUAAGGAUAGUGACAGUGAGGCAUACAGUGCAAGGGAGAGGAAGAGAGGUUGCCAAAAUGCAAACCCAAUGGUUGAAGUAGUCAUUACCUAUGCUGGUCAUUUCCAGUGCAAUUGGAUUUAGGCUCUGAGUUAAAGUGCUGAAUUUCCUUCCCAACAAGAAGGACCCAAUGGCAGAGAUGCUGCCGUCAUUUACAGAAAACAUCCAUUCUUCCAAAGCCUGCAGACAGAACACAAAUGGCAUUUUGGUCAGCAAUUUUAAUGACUGGUGAAGCAGUCUGAAGGGCAAGAUGUUGGCCUGAAAAAGAAAAGACCAUUUAGGCAGUACUUGCUUACCAUCCACACUUAGCAGAGAAGGUUUACUUCAUUUGUCGUGGUGAAACUACUUCAUUUUCUCUUUGCUGGAGCGACACUGAUGUCAAAUAUAUCAAAAUGAAAGAAUAAAUCAAAAUGAUCCACAGUGGGCUGAUUACUACCAUUCACACACAUUACGUCCAAAAUGCUGUGACUGCAAUUAGCUGCAAUGGCACAUCUGAAACCCGAACCUCUGGGCAAAGAGGAAUGGUGACAUGAAUUAGAUCAGCCCUUUGUUUUGUUUUCCUCUACUAAGGGCUUCUUCCACACACAUCUCCAAAACACAUCAGACCUCCAGUGUGCAAAGGAAAGCAUUCAAUGCGCUCACGGGAUUUGCUGAAGGAUUUUAUAUGAAACGAGGUAUGCAGCAUAGCAAAUGGCUAGGUACAAUGAUGGGCUGCUUGUAGUGCUAAUGCCCGUGGAGUAUAAUAAAAUGAUAUCCGACAAUUUCAAAAUUAUUUUUCUGCUACCAUUAGCAUUCAGGUUGACAGUAACAUUAAAAAUCUGGAGCCAGCCCUUGAUGCUGCUUUUCUGCACGCAGCCAUGCACCGUGCAGAACAGAAUUGCUUCUGAACAGUCCGCUGUACUGCAACAUCCAGGCAAAGUUUUUGAUUUGCAAUUAUGCUGAGGCUGCAAUUCCAUGAUACAGUCUUUGCUAGCAGAGCCAGCAAGAAAUGCCUCUCUUCUUUCUCUUCACCUGACUUACGAUGGAUUCAGGUCUGUACUACAAUUGGCUGAAUGAAAUGGUUUUGCUUAUGACUAACAUUGCCCAUAAGAGAAGAGGGUAAGGACUUGAAAAAGAUCCUGUCUCGUUAUAACCUGAGUAAUUUCAAUGCCGUUGUGACUGUCUGUGUAACAGUACGUGGAAUUACCUUAAAGCAGCUUUACCAUUACUGAUUUUUAUUCAGUGGGUGGACACUGUUAGGGUAAAGAAGCAUCCGCUACUAUUGCAUUCAGAGGAUAUGGUACUUACCCACGUUGUCUGAAAAAUGAGGCAAGAUUUUACCAUUCCUGCUUUGCCCUUUCUGUACUGCAUACUUCUCUUUCUGAACAGGGUAGCAGCACCAGAACUACCUUAGGGCUGGGCUGCAAAUCAUUACAUUGCUGACUCGCAUAUUCUUUUUUGACUUCACGUGAGAGCCAAGCAAGACAGUUGAAAGCAUCUACUACAUUAUUAUACUUUUUCAACUUAACAGAGUAAUGUAAGUGCUCUUUGAUGCUUGUGAAAUGCCAUUCCGGAUACAUCCCAUUUCAGAAGAAUAAAAGAACAAGAAUGACAGAGAUACGUUUUUUACCUUGAAAGCAACCCCUUGCACUUGUAACCAUUCAUUCACUUCAAUAAAACAUCUUCAUUAAUGGCAAAGUUUAUUUAUUUAUUUUUUUAACAAUUAAAAGACAAAACAUUUAAAAUUUGCAGUUCAAAACAUGCACAUUCACCAAAUGCUAAAUGACAUGUAACACUGCAUAGAACCAAAUGUGUUACUAAAAGAGAAUAACUAUAAAACACAGUGCAUUUAACAUCCAGUUAAAACGAAACCUGAGAAACUACCAUAAACACCGAUUCAAGAAGUCUUCGUUCAUGCAGCUUCAUAAUUUCCACAACAGUUUCAGCAGUAAUGGCUCAGUGGGGCUGUAAAACCUCACUUUGCCUCGAAUGCAGAGUUUGCUUGUACAUAGCGACCACUUUCUGCAGCAGUUCAUACAUAUCAAACACCGAAAGUCUUAAUGAAAAAUUAAGUUGACGUAUAAAAAAAAAAAAACAACAACAACAA